CAAGCAUUAUAUCAAGUGGAAGGAGAAGUAGAGAGACACACCGACAGCGGGAGGUGCCCAUUUGGUUUGGGGCAAGAACCGGAGAAUGCCCAUUUCGAUUAUGCUCAAAUUCCACACAAUUUGAGCUGAAUCCCGCUUCCCCUCUCUCUGAUCUUCAAGAUCUGUUGUUCAAAUUUACUCAGAAAAAUCCUUUCUGGGUUUGAUUGUACAUUUCCAGUUCCUGCUCUGUUUCUUGAGAAGAAAUGGAGGCAAGUGCUGGAAUGGUGGCUGGAUCGUACAAGAGAAACGAGCUGGUUCGGAUUCGCCACGAUUCUGAUAGUGGGCCCAAGCCCUUGAAGCAACUAAAUGGUCAAAUAUGCCAGAUAUGUGGAGACACUGUUGGCCUUACUGCCACUGGGGAUGUUUUUGUUGCUUGCAAUGAGUGUGCCUUCCCAGUUUGCAGGCCUUGUUACGAGUAUGAGAGAAAAGAUGGAAACCAAUGCUGUCCUCAGUGCAAGACCAGAUACAAGAGGCACAAAGGGAGUCCUCGAGUUCAGGGAGAUGAUGAAGAAGAUGAUGUUGAUGACCUGGAAAAUGAGUUUGAUUAUAACCAAGGAAACAGCAAGGCAAGACGCCAGUGGCAUGGAGGUGAUGCUGAUCUCUCUUCAUCUUCCAGACAUGACUCUCAGCCAAUUCCCCUUCUGACUAAUGGCCAGCCGGUAUCUGGUGAAAUUCCCAGUGCUACACCUGAUAACCAGUCUGUACGGACUACAUCUGGUCCUUUGGGCCCAGGUGACAAGGCACUUCCUUACACUGAUCCUAGGCAACCGGUUCCUGUCAGAAUUGUAGACCCGUCAAAGGAUUUGAAUUCUUAUGGACUUGGAAAUGUUGACUGGAAGGAAAGGGUUGAAGGUUGGAAACUCAAACAGGAGAAAAAUAUUACGCAAAUGAACAACAGGUAUACUGAAGGGAAGGGAGGAGACAUUGAAGGCACUGGAUCAAAUGGAGAAGAACUGCAAAUGGCUGAUGAUGCUCGACAACCUUUGAGCCGUGUGGUGCCUAUUUCUUCUUCUCACCUCACACCGUAUCGUGUUGUUAUCAUACUUCGGCUGAUUAUAUUGGGCUUCUUUUUGCAAUACCGGUGUACUCAUCCUGUGAAGGAUGCUUAUCCAUUGUGGCUCACCUCAGUAAUUUGUGAGGUUUGGUUUGCAUUAUCCUGGCUUCUGGACCAGUUUCCAAAAUGGUCACCCAUCAAUCGUGAGACCUACUUGGAGAGGCUUGCAUUGAGGUAUGAUAGGGAAGGGGAACCUUCACAGUUAGCACCUAUUGAUGUAUUUGUUAGUACAGUGGAUCCACUGAAAGAACCUCCCCUCGUCACAGCAAACACUGUGUUGUCCAUCCUUGCUGUGGAUUAUCCUGUCGACAAGGUCUCUUGUUAUGUUUCAGAUGAUGGAUCAGCAAUGUUAACAUUUGAAGCUCUCUCUGAGACAGCAGAGUUUGCAAGGAAAUGGGUUCCCUUUUGCAAGAAGCACAAUAUUGAGCCCAGGGCUCCUGAAUUUUAUUUUGCCCAAAAGAUAGAUUACCUGAAGGAUAAGAUACAGCCUUCUUUUGUGAAAGAGCGCAGGUCAAUGAAGAGGGAAUAUGAAGAAUUCAAGGUGAGAAUUAAUGCUCUCGUUGCUAAAGCACAAAAGAUGCCUGAAGAAGGUUGGACAAUGCAAGAUGGAACUUCAUGGCCUGGAAAUAACCCUAGGGAUCAUCCUGGAAUGAUCCAGGUGUUCUUAGGUCAUAGUGGGGGCCUGGAUACGGAUGGCAAUGAGCUACCGCGGCUAGUGUAUGUUUCUCGUGAGAAGCGCCCAGGCUUUCAACAUCACAAGAAAGCUGGAGCAAUGAAUGCUUUGAUUAGAGUUUCAGCUGUCCUGACAAAUGGUGCAUUCCUGUUAAAUGUGGAUUGCGAUCACUACUUCAACAACAGCAAGUGUCUUAAAGAAGCCAUGUGCUUUAUGAUGGACCCUGCUGUGGGAAAAAAAACCUGCUAUGUUCAGUUUCCACAGAGAUUUGAUGGCAUUGACAUGCACGAUCGAUAUGCUAAUCGGAAUAUUGUCUUCUUUGAUAUCAACUUGAAAGGACUGGAUGGAAUCCAGGGUCCAGUCUAUGUGGGAACUGGUUGUUGUUUCAACAGGCAAGCUCUCUAUGGGUAUGAUCCAGUCCUAACAGAGGAAGAUUUGGAGCCAAACAUCAUUCUUAAAAGUUGUUGUGGUUCAAGGAAGAAGGGAAGGAGUCGCAACAAGAAAUACAUUGAUAAAAAGAGAGCAGCAAAAAGAACAGAAUCCACCAUUCCCAUUUUCAAUAUGGAAGAUAUUGAAGAUGGUGUUGAAGGAUAUGAUGAUGAGAGGUCACUUCUUAUGUCGCAGAAGAGCUUAGAAAAGCGAUUUGGUCAAUCUCCUGUUUUCAUUGCAGCUACCUUUAUGGAGCAGGGUGGUAUUCCUCCAACAACCAAUCCUGCAACUCUGCUGAAAGAAGCAAUCCAUGUUAUCAGCUGUGGGUACGAGGACAAGACUGAAUGGGGCAAAGAGAUUGGAUGGAUAUAUGGUUCUGUGACAGAAGAUAUUUUGACUGGGUUUAAGAUGCAUGCACGGGGGUGGCUUUCAAUCUAUUGUAUGCCUCCUCGCCCGGCAUUCAAGGGUUCUGCGCCCAUUAAUCUUUCUGAUCGUUUGAACCAGGUGCUUCGGUGGGCUCUGGGAUCAAUUGAGAUUCUUCUGAGCAGGCAUUGUCCCAUAUGGUAUGGCUACAAUGGGAGACUAAAGCUUUUGGAGCGGCUGGCAUAUAUUAAUACCAUCGUUUAUCCUCUCACAUCUAUCCCUCUACUGGCAUACUGUGUACUUCCUGCUAUUUGUCUUCUCACUGGGAAAUUCAUCAUUCCUGAGAUAAGCAACUAUGCCAGCAUGUGGUUCAUUCUGCUUUUCGUCUCCAUUUUUGCAACUGGAAUCUUGGAGCUCAGGUGGAGUGGCGUGGGUAUCGAAGACUGGUGGAGGAACGAACAGUUCUGGGUCAUUGGUGGCACGUCAGCACAUCUCUUUGCCGUCUUCCAAGGGCUCUUAAAAGUGCUUGCUGGGAUCGAUACCAACUUCACUGUCACCUCAAAGGCAUCUGACGAUGACGGAGAGUUUGCAGAGCUUUACGUGUUCAAAUGGACCUCCCUUCUCAUUCCUCCAACCACAGUCCUCGUUAUUAACUUCGUGGGCAUAGUGGCCGGUGUCUCAUAUGCCAUAAACAGUGGGUAUCAGUCAUGGGGUCCUCUAUUUGGCAAGCUGUUCUUCGCCAUCUGGGUGAUCGUCCACUUGUACCCCUUCCUCAAAGGUAUGUUGGGUCGCCAAAACCGAACCCCAACCAUCGUCAUUGUAUGGUCCAUCCUCCUUGCUUCCAUAUUCUCCUUGCUCUGGGUGCGAAUCGAUCCCUUCACCUCCGACGUCACAAAAAGUGCUUCAAAAGGUCAAUGCGGCAUCAGUUGCUAGUUCUUCAUCUUCUUCUCUUCUUUCUCUGAAGAUCAUUUGGAUGGAUCGAGUAAGGUUUGGCCAUCUUCAUCAUACUUGCUGCCUCUUCGUAAAUAGACAAGGACCAAACUAUUAAAUGUUGUUCAGGUCUAAGUUAUGUUGUUGUUAUUGUUGUAAUUUAUAAGGGUGAAGAAUAUAGACAGAGAGAGAGAAAGAAAGAGAGAGCACCCUUCUGUUUGUUCUGUUGUUUUGUCUUUGUAAUACCCGUGUUUCAUAUACUAAAAUUUGUUCUGUCAA